AUGCCAUGUGAUAUUCACAUGACAUCUAAUUGACGUUUAAUCGAUUCUGUUAAUGAGAAGGGUAUUUAAACUAUUUUUGAUAGUUCAAGAUUAUUUUUGACUCUUUUCUGUUAUAUUUAAUCGAUGGAUUAGAAAUAACUUUAAUUUAUGAAUGAGUACUUACCAUAACACCACGAUACUCUCGUGACAACACCAAUAAAUAGCAGAUGUCACGUGUAGUCGGCAAGUCCAAAAUACUCUCUCCCUUCCACAAAACCAAUGAGGCCCUACCGUUAGGUACCCACAGAAUCCUUGUUAGUCACCUCUUUGCUCUUCAUCUUCUCCAAAUCGGAACUGUGGAGAUCGAUGGGUCACCGGAGAAAUGGUGGUGUUGUAGAAGAAAAUGGAACGGUGAUCGGAAAUUGAUAGUUUUACCUAAAAUAAGAAAUGAACAUUCAGCAACUCAAAUUUUUAGCUAAACUUGCCCUAUUUUUCUUCAUUAUAGUAAUCGCCACUGUUGAUGGCUACUUAACAUGGCUUAUCUCUACUUCAGCUUCCAUUCUGUUAGCUGAUCUUUUUUCAGUACUUAUCCACCGCUACUGCCCUUUUAUCUCUCGUCUUUAUCAUUUGUUCUACCUUGAAAAUCCUAGACGAACACGUCGUCAUUCUGAUAUCCUAGCGCCAUUAGUAGCGCUAUUCGUAGCGCCACUGUUAAGCCACAAAUUAUUUGAUGACAUAAAUGUGACUGCUUGUAUGAUGGUAGCAACUGCAUUUUACCUUCCAAUGAUGCAUCACUUUGGUAGACCUAGAAAUUUUCGGGUAUUGAAUGUGUUAUUUAUGCUUUCUGUUAAUAUUUGUUAUGGGGAAUUUGGAUUUGGGCCUAAUACUUGUGCAUCAGUUGCUUUUUUCACUUACAUUGCUGUGUUGGCGGGACAAGCAGAGGCAGGUGCAGCUUAUGAGGAUGAUCAUCACCACUUGACGUUGAAUCAGAUUAUGUCAAAUUUGAUGAUAGAAGGGAACAUGGCUGCUGCGGGUGGUUGUUACCUAUUUACAGCUGCAACAGAGAUGAAGAUCAGAAUAGAUGAAAGGUAGCUUCAUGUUUAUACAAACUGUAACAAGCUUUUCAUUUUCAAUUCCAAUUCCAAGGCACACAUGGUUUCUAUAUAUGGUCAUGAACUUUAUUGUAACUGUGGAAAUUAACUCUUGCUGUUGGUAACCAGUUACAUUAAUGUGUUAAGUUGGCCUUUUCUAAGUUUGCACUAAAAAGUUGAUGUGGAAAUAAAAUACUCCUAGGAAGCUUUUACUCCUUUUU